ACGUGGAGAAGUGUAGAAUGGCAGCUGUCAGGUGAUUGGGUUUGAUUCGGAUGGCGAGAGCAGACGUAAAAGACCAUGGUUGAAAAUAUUGAGCAAUCUGCUACAGAGUAAAUUAAGAUGGUUUGUAACUAGACUGCAGGAAAUUUUUUUUAGAUCUCUUGUCUUUCCGACUGUCGUCGUUGUUGAUAACAAACUUAUGACGUGGAGUGAUGUCUGUGGUUAUGCCAGUGACUGUAGAAGAACGAGAUGUUGACCGAGGUAGAUGUGACUCGAAAGAAACGUUUUUUAACUCAAAUAUGUAUUUUUAUGGCCGGGAAAUAUGCUUCAUUCUGGCAUUAUUAAUUACUUCGUAUGCAGCGUUACAGAAUGCGCCUCCAAAGAUUUCAAAAAGUCCGUCGCCCAUACCGUUCUUUCCAAGAACAUCUUUGGUUGCAGACUUUUACCAUGGACAGCUCGGCCCAGCAUUUGAACGAGUGGCCGAGUCCGAUGUUUCAUUUCUCAUGUACUAUGCUCCAUGGGAUGCAGAAAGUCAAGCAACAAGAAUGCAGUUUAAAAUUGUAGCCCAGUAUUACUACAAACAGGUGUAUUUUGCAGCCAUAAACUGCUGGCAGCCUCACAGUGAGUGUCGCCAACAGUUCUCUAGAGUGCAGCAGUUUCCAGUGCUAAUUGUGUACACACAACAAAAUAAGGGAAUCCAGUAUAAGGGAAUCAGGGAAGCAGCUCAUAUGAUUCGUUUCCUGGAGUAUGUGCUGCGUCCUAUUGAACGGAUCACCAGGCCUGCUGAUGUUCUCAGACUCAUGAGUGUAUAUGAUGCUGUGGUUGUUGGAUUUUUCAACUUUUCUGGAAUUGCUGGCAGUCCUGGUUACUAUUCCUUCUACACAACAGCCCUUAAGUUCCUGGAGAGAGAUCCUCAUAGAGAAAUUGGCUUUGCUGUUGUUACUGAUAUGGAAACCAGUGCCCAAAUGGGGAUUGAUUGGACUCCAACAUUGAGGAUUUAUAUGUGGAAUGAGACUCUGCAAUACCCUCAUCAAGCAGAGUUCACCCCUGAUGUGUUGGUGAAGUGGAUCUUUGAAAAUACACACCUAGUUUCUGUAUGGGUGACUCCACCUGGAGUGAAGAGUCUCACUCUCGCUCCAUAUGUAGAGGAGGGGUCUGUUCUUAUCCUUUUCACCCCACGAAACCCCCUGCAGGACUGGAACUACAACUACAAUAUGCUGCGAGAAGUUGGACUAGAAUAUUACAACUGUGAUUUAAACCCAUGGGUCUCGAACCUUGCCAAACAUCUUGCCAGUGAACGAGCAGAAAUGAAGAAGAAGUACUCUGAGAUUGAAACUGAAUGUUUAUUCUGGAAGGAACACCGUAGGUCAGAGGAAGAUGUUCUUCCAGUUCAUGUGGUUGGAGAACAGUGGAGAAAUGGAAGUUACCACAGUGGACAAACUCGGAGGAAGCUGUACAGGAUUUGUGAAAGGCACAGUGCACAGCUGCAUGGAGAUAUAGAUGAUGAUGGUGCUCAUGUACGUGAAAAUGAUUUGAACAUGCCAAAGAAGUGUAAGAAAGAAGAGAGAGUCACAUGCAGUAGUCACUUGGACUAUGGACCAUUCACUGAAUCACAGCAUAGAUAUUAUAUUUGCUGUAAAAACUCCCAUUCUCUCAGUUUCCAUACCUCAAUGUUGACUGGAAUUGGGGAUGAGCGUUCGUCAGAUGCUCUCCAGGAAGCAGCUUCAAUUGAACGUUGCCGUCGUCUCCGUAGAGCAAAACGUAUACAUCAUCCAGUAUUUCCACAUUCUGCUUACCAUCGCAAGUCACCAAGACACUUCACUGGGUUAGCCUGCAACACCAAUAAAACAAUGUCUCUCAUUGCUAUGGAUUCACUGCAGUUUCACCAGUUUGCAGCAGGCCUUGGUAUUGACGUGUUGGCAAGGCAUGAUAAGACUGCCAUAGUUAUCUUCAAUGUUGUUCAAGAAAGCAGUUACAUCCUUGAUACAGAGUUCAGCAAGGGAGCCAUGUUGGAGUUCAUCAAGAACUACACUGAUGGUUUGCUGAACAGAUCACUGCGGUCAAGCAGCAGUUUGUCAGGUGGUGCACUGAACCAUUACCCUGAGCAAGACAUGGAAGACUGCUGGCAGCAAGGUGUGGUGUGUGUCCCAGAACUCAAUUCCAACAGCUUCCAUCACAUUGUCAUGGCUCAGAAUGUGUCAGUGGUACUCUUAUACCAUUCUCCGUACUGUACAUUCUGCCAUCGUGUGUCCCACAUCUACCUCACAGUAGCAAGAUACUUUCGUACAGUCCAGCACCUCACAUUCACGCGCAUCGAUGGUGAAAGCAAUGACUUACCAUGGGAGUUCACUAUGCACCAUUAUCCUACAAUUCUGUUUUCGCCGGCACAGAGGAAAUCAGAGAGCCGUGUUUUUCCACGACAUCAUCCAAUAACGGUUACAAAUUUGGUAAACUUUGUGUUGGCAAAUCUUGAGCUAGAAGAAAGAAGUUUAUGGGGAAUGAUAGGCUUGUGUGCUGGCUGGGGCAAGCAGCAGGAUGCUGAAUCAGCAAGAGACUGCAUUGCUCGUGUGCGACGUGAGAGUCUGACUGCUAUUUCCAACAGUCUAAAGCAAUACAAGUCAAUAAAAAUGAGAUGGCAUGUCUUAAAGCUUUCAUCUUCACUGGACCCUUUUCAACUACGUCUGUAUCAUACUGCAGCUCACAGACAGUUGAAACACAAUGUAUAUAGACUCCAACACCUGAAGGAAGUUAAUCUCAUUCUGGGCUCAGUAGAUAGGCUUCAAGAAGACAGCAUUGAAUACAUUGCUAUACAAGAAGUUUAUGAAAGGUAUCAGGAGAGUCUUAGAAAAUUAUACUUCUAUGAAUUGUCAGAUGUGCUGGUUCCUCCUAUGAGAAGAUCUGUAUCAGAUAUCAUGUCUACUAGAGAUGAAUUGUGAUGAAUAUUUUUUUAAUAUUCCUGUUGCUCAUGCAGGCAAUAAAACAUUAGUGCAAGCCUUGGCAAUUUAAUAUAUAUUUUAGACCUACCAUCAUUAUUAUAAUGUGUUCUGUGAUUCAAUAAUAUAUCCAAAGUGCUUCAAGAAAUUUUAUAUAUUUUACAUCUGAUAUUUGUCAGUAUAUGGCACGAAGUAUGCUAAUCUGUAAUGUCAGAGAUUGUCUUUUGUAAAGUCUUGUUAACGUGUGAUCUGUGAGAAGAAAUUCCUUCAAGGCAAAUGCAUCACUGAGUUGAACAAGUACAGUAUAGACCUCUGAACCAUCUUCAUGAAGCAAUUUUUUUAGUGUCAUACUAAAUUUGAUUUAAUGGAACUUACAUGUGCCAUGUGUAAAAAAAAUCAGUGUGUUUGCAAAGGCAUAACUGUUCUUAAAGAUUACAUACUAAUGAGCAGGG